AUGCCCUGGCAGCCUCUUCCCCGCAUCGCCUUCGCCGUUGCCACCUACCCCUUCUCGGCCCAGAGCCCCGCCGACCUGCCACUCGAGAUUGGCGAUGAGCUGUACAUCAUCGAGGAGACGCCCGAUGCCAAUUGGCUCAGAGGCUACCUCGUCGCGCCCCCAAGCCUGUUGGCCGGCCUGACCUCGGUCAAGGGCCAGUCCCUCGAGGCCCGCGUCUUCAGCGGCAUCUUCCCCCGAAGCUGCGUCGAGGUUCGAGAGAUGCUCGGCGAAGCCGACGAACGACAAGACAGCGAUGACGACCCCGACGAGCACUCGCCGCACCAACGCGUCGGCACCGUCCAUGCCAGGCCCGCCAGCGACUCGGCCAAGAGCGGCAUCACCAAUGGCAACUCGCCAACCAAGGCCGAGGCCACCGAUACGCCGGCCAGCCCGAGCCACGACAGGAGGCCCUUGAGCGAGCUUCCCAACGGCGUUUUGGGCAACUUGUCUGUCCCCGUCAAGAAGGAUCCCAAUGCGCCGCGGCCCGCAGCGCCCGUCCCGAUGCUCAAAAUUGGUGACGAAACCCCAACCUCGGCUCUGGAACCUUUGAUUGACGAAAUCGCCUCCUGCUUGCGCGAAUGGCAUUCCAAAAACCUCCACGAGCUUCUCCUUUCGCGGAAAUAUGCCGAGCUGGACAAACUGUCGCAGCUCAUCGGCCGCCUCAAUCUCCACCGCCAACAGUUCCUCUACAACGUCCUCACAGCCCACGAGUACGAGCUGCUGCGGGAAAAGACGGUCUGGGAUCUGGUGAGGGUGAACAAGCUGUGCGGGGGUGAGGUCAUUGUUCGCGAUCCGGCAGCUCGUGGUCGAGUCCUGACUGGCGACGACUCGGCCGUGGACAUUACGAGACUCCAGUCUCAGAUGAGCCUCCUGGAUGAGCCCCCCCACUCCACUGAACUGUCGAGCUUGCAUCACCUUUUGCUGGAAGUGAAGGGAUUCGCGGGCUCAUCUACAGAAGAAACUUCCUUGAUGAUUUACCUUGUCAGCAAGACGCAGCAUGGCAAGAUAUCCAACUUGUCCGAAUGUUUCAGCGUCGAGAUACCCCCUGGAGGGUCGAUUGGAAGUCUCGCGCAAAACUCUUCGACCAGGACUCUCUUCACCGACCUAUCCGCUCAGGAUAUCGGAGAUGCGCCGUCAGCGGACACCGAAUUAUACCUCGUGGUCAAGGCUUUGGCGCCUCAGCAAAUCACGUCCCACAACCCUCAUUCCCGAUCAGGUCUCGUCACAGACAACGGGCAUUCGAGAGACUAUACAAAACCAGUCUCGACGGGUGGCGGCGGCAAGCUCUCCAGAAGAAGCUUGAUGUGGGCCAGCAAGGGCGGUCGGUCGACCUUUUCGAGGGGAUACGGCAUGCCUAGGAUGGAAUUGGUCUCGGAACAGCAGGAAGAUGCCCAGUCAACUUCUGGUCUGGAGAGCCGAGAUGGACAUGUCCCGCCCAGCACGGCCGGCUCGAUAAACACCUCAUUUGUGGCAACAACUCAGACGGUCCAGCGAACCGUGGGCGUCGGUGUCUUGAAACUCAACCCCAUGAUGAAACAGCCAAACGAGGUCGAGCAAGUCGUUGGCUUCUGGUCGCCGACUAUACGGCCCGGGCCCGAAAAGGAGAACAAGGCUGAAUGCGAUCCCCUGAUUCGAGAAAUCCUGGAAAAACCUACCGGACAGUUUGAGAAAUCGCCAAGAGGCGAGCGGCUGCAGAUCUGUCUUCAGACAUUUAACCAUCCAGACGCCGACGUGCUAAUCAAGACCACGCCCACGCUGCUUUCUGGAGUUUCGAAAACAAGCCGGAUAGGCUUCUCGGGCGCUCCCGCAAAACCCAGAUCGGACAUUUAUCUGACGCUCAACGCCGCCGCACUGGCUCGGCAGCAUCUCCUGUCGAGGUAUGGCGGAAGCGCGACGAGCAUGCCACCAGGCUUGCAAGGCACGAGUCUGCAAAUCACCUUGGAGGUCCGUGGGCCUUCAGGCCAGCGGUUUGAGAAUUGCAUCUUCGCCUCAUCCAACAAGGAGCCUUUGACAACAUUCAAGUCUGUUGCUACGGAAAGGGGCGAAUCGUGGAAUCAAACCCUGCGGCUCUCAUUAUCACCAAACGAUGUCCCGACGGCUCACGUCGUCUUGUUCCUUGCCGAAGCCACCGGCCCCCCUUUCGCCGUUGCACACAUGCCAUUCUGGGACCAGCAAGCCUUUAUGCGCGAUGGCCGGCACGGUCUUUUACUCUAUAAGCUGGACGAGAAUACCGCGACUGCGCAAGCCGGCCCUUCAGGAAAAGGCGGCUAUCUUUCGCUGCCGUGGGCGCCUCGCGGCAAAGAUCAGCACUCUGCAGAGGUCACUGGACCCUUGGCAGUCGUUCUUGUCGACACGUUCCUCUGCAGCACAAGGUUCUCUCAAGACAGGGUGAUAUUGGGCCUUCUGAGAUGGAAAGAGUUAUCUCAAGAGGACAUCAUUUUCGUCUUGAGGCAGCUGAUCUUCGUGCCCGAGAUAGAGGUUGUCAAGCUGCUCAGCGACGUGCUGGACGGGCUUUUCGGCAUCCUUGUCGAGAACUCGGGCAAUGACGAGUUCGAAGACUUGGUGUUCACGGCGGUUGUAAGAGUUCUCGGCAUCGUCCACGAUCGGAGGUUCAACCUCGGCCCCUUGGUCGACCAGUACGCCGAGGCGCAGUUCAACUAUCCUUUCGCUACGACGUGCCUGGUUCGGUCGUUUACGCGGCUGUUGGAGAACCCCACGGAACCGGAGACUGCGCGCAAACUGAGGGCCACCUUCAAGGUGGUCAGGCAUAUCCUCAAGUUCAUCUCGCGGGCUCGGGGGCAGAUGAAGGAGAAGGAGGCUGUGAUAGGGAUCACGUCCUCUCCACAGGGAUUCACGCGGCAAUUGCGGACAAUUUUUAAGGCACUUGACGCAAUGAUGCGUAACCCGAGUCCCGUCUUGGUCGGCAGCCAGACUUUGGCCGUCCAACACUUCCAUACGUGGCUGCCAGAACUCACUGGUCUCCUGACGACCGAGGAGAUUUUGCACAUUGCCAUCGACUUUAUGGAUUCGUGCACCGAAGUCAAGGGCAAGCUGAUACUGUAUAAGCUUGUUCUCAUCAUCAACUACUCGAAACUGGAUCUCUUUGCUCACGCAGACCAAAAAGCCGCCCUGUGUGCCAACACCGUCCGCUGGAUCGCGCCUCACUGGGGCCACACCGAGGAAGUCAACGAUCAAUGGAGGGACCAGGUUCGCUUGUGCUGCUCCGUCAUCGCCAGCCAGGUCGACUAUGUCGGUCCGGAAAUCCCAGACCACAUACCCCGAAUUAUCGACUCCUACCUUGCCAUUUUGACGUCACCUCAGAAGCCGCGAGACCGCCUUUCUCUUUUGUUUCCCGCAUCGUACCCAUUCCCCUCGAAGCCCGUCGGCGAGGCAUUUGCAUUCGAUGAGGCCCUGGCCGAGCUGUCGGCUGUUCUCUCCGCCGUCUCGACUUCUCCAGCUGGCAUGCAACUGGAACUCGCAGAGGGAGACCUCUCAAUCAUACUCGAGAAUCUAUUGCGAGUGCACAUGAGCAUCCUCACCGGUGAUGCUUUCCCGUCGGGGUGGCUGAGCGUUCAUAUCUAUCAUCAUAAGUCGACAAUGCGCACUCUGCAUUACCUGGCCAACAUAAUGCUGGAAUCUUUUCUUCCCCACCCUGACGACGCCGAAAGCUUCAACACGGAGUUGUGGAAGCUCUUCUUCACGACCCUUCUCAAGCUUGUCGGGAGCACAUCUCUCGCCCUGGAGACUUUCCCUGAACAAAAGCGGCGGGCCGUGUGGAAAAUCGCCGGUGACGUGCGCGAGCACGGCGCUGAGCUUCUUCGCAGGACCUGGGAGGCCGUUGGGUGGGAUACGACCCCCGAAGAGCGUGGUCGCUACGGGUUGCCCAGGCUCGGUGGUUAUCAGGUUCAAUACGUCCCUACUCUUGUCGGGCCGAUUGCCGAGCUCUGCUUAAGUGUUCAUGAGGGACUUCGCCGGAUGGCUGUCGAGGUCUUACAGACCAUGAUCGUCAGCGAGUGGACCCUGAGCGAAGACUUGACGGUGGUGCAGACGGAGAUGAUUGACUGUCUGGACCACUCCUUCAAGUCGAAGGCGCUGACGGAAAGCUUUCUUCAAAAGCUGUUCGUCGGCGAGUUGUUGGAGCGUUUCGAGCCGCUCUCUGAAAUUCCAGAUGAACCGCUCUACGGAGCCAUCAGGGAGCUCGUUUCCGCGCUGGACGAGUUCCUCGACUUGCUCGUUGCUGUACACAGCACUGACGGCAGUGAUGAGGCAUCGAACAUUAUCAACCGGCUGCGCCUGAUGGAGUUUCUCCGUGACAUGCAAAAGGAAGAGAUAUUCAUUCGCUACGUUCAUCAGCUGGCCAGCUUCCAGGCGGAAUCAGGCAACCACGCCGAGGCCGGCCUGGCAUUGCGCCUUCAUGCCGACUUGUACGAGUGGGAUCCCACCCGGCAGACCCCGGCGUUGACGGAGCCACGACUCCCCGCGCAGACGCAGUUUGAGCGCAAGGAGAGGAUCUACUUCGACAUGAUCAAGCACUUUGAGGAAGGAGAGUCGUGGAGCAAUGCCUUGACAGCGUACAAGGAGCUCCAGGCGCAGUACGAGACCAACGUGUUUGACUUUGCCAAGUUGGCAAGGACGGACCGCGCCAUCGCGACCAUCUACGAGAAGAUUUCCAAGAGCGAGAAAAUCAUCCCGAGAUACUUCAAAGUCGUCUACAAAGGCUUGGGAUUCCCGUCGAGCUUACGGGACAAGGAGUUUGUCUACGAGGGAUCUUCCACGGAGCGAGCGUCCGCCUUCACAGAUCGCAUGCAGGAGCAGUACCCCUCGGCGCAAAUAGUCACCUCGGGCGACGUGGACGAGGUCGAGGGGCAGUUCUUGGUCAUAUCUGCCAUUGCUCCCCGCCGCGACUUGUUCCACCAGGUGUUCCAAAGGGCUCGAGUUCCACAGGUGGUUCGUGACUACCUGCUGUGUUCGCAUCCUCAGAGCUUUUCCUUCACGACAAGGCGCGAUACCUCGGGGCCGAUAGAGGGCCAUUACGCGGAUAAGUUGGUCGUCACCACUGCCGAGCCGUUCCCGACUCUCCUUCGCAGAAGCGAGAUCGUGGAGACGCGCGAGGUGCGCCUCACGGCCCAUGAGACGGGUCUGGAGCGCAUUGUGCGCAAGACUCAGGAAAUGGCAACGCAUGAGCGGCGUCUUGCCGAAGGUGACGAGGAGAAUUCUCAGCAGCUCUUGGAUGCUGUUUCAAUAUCAGUCAACCCGUCGUCUGAGCACAGCGUCGUCUGCUACCGGAAGCUGCUCCCCGAGCCCACUAUUGAGGAAGAGGAGGAUGGAGAGGAUGAGGAAGAGGCCGACCUCGAGCCAAAGGACAUUGCAAUCCGAAUGGCCCUCGUUGACCAUGCAAUGAUGAUCAAGCGUUGCCUUGCCCUGUUAGCCCGAAGCACAAACGAGCUCCUCUGCCAGAAACACGAGGAACUCAAUCGAUACUUCGAGAGCACAUUUGAGCCAGAGAUUGCCAUGUUCGCACCACCUCCGCCGGCAUCACCGCGCGAAGCAGCGUCGACUCCAUCCACCGUGUUCAGAGGGUCUUUGGGUUCGGGCGAGCAGAGUCCCAAAUGGCAAAAUAUAGCAAGCCCCCUGAGCGGGAGCAAAGCCGAAGAGACUGCCGUGAUUCAACAACUUUCUCUGCGACACCGCGGCGCCAGGCUUAGCCUCCUCGGCGGCCGGAAGCAAGAAGCAGAACCAGCAGCGGAGGCUGAGAAGGCCAAUGGCGAGAGUGACGGCGCAAGUUCUCACCGACGGAGUCUGAGCAGGGGCCCAGGCCUCCGGCACAGCAUCUUCCGGUCGCAGUCUGCAGACGAGGCCCACGACGACGGGCACGUCGGCUCGGCUCGGCGGAGCAGCUCGGUGGGCAAGGACAGCCUGGACGGAGGGUCGGUCAGGGACGGCAAAGCGGCCACCGACGACGAGGAGUCGGGGAUCGGCAAGCGGGGAAGCAUGAGGAAGCGGCUCAGCCGGCUCAACAUGAAGCUGAGCAAGAAGGGCGGCAAAGGAGCGGGAUGGGCCAUGGGAAGCCUGGACGAGGAGUAA